AUGGAGGGGCCAUCUGAGGAACAAAACAAUGAAGAAUGGGAGCUGCAGAUGAAGACCGAAACAGCUUUGAAUCGCUUUUACUCGCCGUACCCUGAGGUGCGCGCCAUUUGUACGCCCACGGACGAUCCCACUAUUCCCUGCGAGACCAUUCGGGCCCACCUCCUUGACUAUAUGUGGGCCAUUAUCGCCCAUUUCACCAAUUCCUUAUUUAAUUCGCGCUAUCCCUCCAUCACUCUGGGAUCUGCCGUGGCACAAAUCCUGCUUUAUCCAUGUGGAUUAUUCCUUGCAUGGGCUCUGCCAGACUGGGGCUUCAUGAUAGGAGGCAAGAGAGUUUCUCCCAAUCCUGGUCCCUGGACGUACAAAGAACAGAUGCUUUCCACCAUCAUCAUCGAUGUUGGUCUAACUUCUGCCUAUUGCUUUUGGAACAUCCAGACCCAGACCGUCUACUACCAGGACAAAUGGCUUACCCCGGGCUACAGUAUUCUGCUCUUGCUGUCUACCCAGCUCCCGGGUCUUGGGUUUUCCGGUCUGCUCCGCCGCUUCGUGGUCUACCCGGUCGAAGCAUUGUGGCUCAACAUCCUGCCCACAAGACGGAUGAUCAAGAGGGUUUGGAUGGCAAAUUCAUAA